AUGGACGAGAGCACAAUGAAUGAACCAGAAAUAGUGAGCAAACCCAUCUGUUUCUGGGCUAUUAGUUUCCAUGACAACAUCAUGAGCCAGUCGAAAUGCCAAACAGAAGAAAGGGCGUCUAUCGUGACUGGUCCAUUGUGUGGAGGAUGUGAGUCCGCGCGGGAUGCCAUGGCAGCGGUGGAUGCAGCAGCGAGCGGGCCAGAGCCGCCCGGUCUCCCGGUACCCAAGGCGUUUGGCUACGAGGAGUACGAGUGCAAAAUUUGCUACAACUACUUCGACCUCGGCCGACGUGCUCCUAAAAUCUUGGAGUGCCUCCACACGUUUUGCGAGGAGUGUCUGCACGCGCUGCAACUGUGCGAGGAGCGGCCGUGGCGCAUCAGCUGUCCCGUGUGCCGCCACCGCACGCCCGUUCCGGACUACCGGAUUCAAAACCUGCCCAACAACACCAAGGUCACCGAGGAUUUCCCCCUGUAUAUUGAUUCAGAUCCAGUGCCUCAAGAUGCCCUGCCGCCACACCCGCCUCCGCUUCACCCGGCGCUCAUCGCGCUCCGGCGGGAGGAGGACGCGUCCGCGGCGUCUAUGGCGGGUCACGCGACGCCUUCCACCACUACAGUGUCCACCGCCACCACGCUGUCCCAAGACUCGGUUUCUCGUUACGAGAGCUGCCAUAAUUGCCGACGGCUCGCGCUGACCACCGGGUGCGUGUGCGUGAUCUUCUCGUUACUGUCCAUGCUGGUGUUGCUCUUCCUGGGCCUCAUUUUCGUGCACAGCCACGGCGGGCCGCCCUCACCCGCGGGACCCCUCUGUCUGUCGGUGGCCAGCAUCCUCGCCAUGCUAUCGGCGAUGGUCACCUGGCUGCUCUACUGGCUUAAAGACCGACCGGAGCACGACACGGGCCGCUCCUCGGCCACCACUAAUGCCAGCCGGAGAAACGCGUGACUGGGCAUCAGGAUCGUAUGAC